AAGCCAUCAGCCCAACCUUGGCUCAGCCUGAAGCCCCGACAAAGGCCUAGAACGCUAGGUCCAUCCUCUCUCGGUGAGCAACCGCGAAAUUGCGUGGUGUAGGAUCCAUCGAUGAUACCUCGUAUACCAACAUUGAAGCGUAGGGUUGGAUGCUGCAACGCGAUCCAUGGUCGCGACACCAAUAUUGCCCCCAAUCAGCCCAGUUCACCUGUCACGAUUCGCAGCGUGCCCAGCUGCAGUUUGUAUCCCUUUUGAUAGGGAACAAUAUAGGCUCGGCAGCAUUCCGGAAGUUGUCAAAUCGCAUCAUGAACGCUGCGCUGUUGCAUCGUAUAGACUACGAGGUAGCAGUAUUCGACAAUUGGAAACAAAUAGACUCAAGCUGCAAUUCCCUCAGAAUACCAUAGAGUGGGGUAGAGGUCUGGCAGCACUCCGGGUACGACUACCUCUCACCUCUGGACUUCUUGUGGAGGCGGGGUCGAAAGCCACCUGCUAUUGUCGGGUCUGGCGUUCGGGGCAUGGCGGGCGCGCGGUAAAGAGGGAGGCAUUGCUUACCGCAGUAGGGCUGAGGGUUCUGGAUUCGGAGUUUGGGACAAAGAGACCUGAUUGGACCCGGCCAAACACGGAAUCCCGAGUCCCGGUGUCGCACACUCGGACGCUCUCAUCAUUCUUUUGCACUCGGAACCCUUGUGUGGACGCAGCACGGGACGUGCGCCACCACGUGGUCCCGGUAAGUCUAUUAAUGCGCACUACUACCGAUGGCGGGAAUCGCGUCUAGCCCUGCGAAAAUGUGACGUCUAACUACGCCCCCGAACCUGCUGGCAGAUGGCCCCCGGAA